UCCUGCGAUGCGAACAACCGCACAGUCCUAUUAUUCUGGAAAGUUCUAUGUAGAGGCAAUCAAUUACAAUAACUACACUAUCCGACUUGUAGAUCCUAAUGUUGACAAGGAUAAUUGCUCCUCUAUCCCUUUGUAUUCAUUGAAUAGCUAUAAUUUCAAUGAAUGGCAUGAUCCCUAUUCAACCUUCACAAAUAGGAAUGGCUUCAGGUUGCGACUUUCAGAGGUUGUAGUUUUCUUGAAGUGUGAGAAUCCAGUGAAUUCUCUACAUUACAUUGACACCGCUCCUUGGAAUCUUGGUACUGGGACUUAUAAUCCCUCCACCUCUGCUCCGUCCCAAGACGAAAGACAUAAUUCUUAUGUUAUGGUCUACGAUGACUUCCGACUUCCUCAUUAUUACGAUGAGAAGUACUAUUUUGAGCGCCUCGGGUUUGAUGAUUUGGUAAGUUCCUGCCGUAUAGAGCAAGUGGCUUUGAAAUCCUGGAGGGGAAUGAAUAUCACCAACACUACUACUUCCUACUCAGAUAUCCACAAUCAGCUACUUUAUGGAUUUGAGCUUUCUUGGUUUCGAUAUUACUAUAAACGAGGUCGAAGAAGUGUAUAUUGCCACCAAAACGACACCACCAACAAGGUUGAAUGUCUACGUGAAUGUGUUUAUAACGGAGAAAUUCGUACCCGUUGUAACCUUAAAGAUACCAUUCUGGACUAUAUUGACGCAAAUCGCGAUAAGGGACUCGUAAUAAUUAUGCCUCCCUUGUUAGGACCAAGAUUGAUAUUUGGUCUUCCAUGUGUGAUUGUAUUUUUGAUCUAUAAAUGGCGAAGACGGCAUUUAUCAAUGUAUGAUAGCAUUGAAGAAUUUCUGCAAAGCCAUAACAACCUUAUUCCUAUAAGGUACUCUUACUCAGACAUCAAAAAGAUGACUAGUGGCUACAAACACAAAUUGGGUGAAGGAGGCUUUGGUUCUGUUUAUAAAGGAAAGCUUCGUAGUGGCCAUUUUGUAGCAGUUAAGGUGUUGGGGAAAUCUAAAGCUAAUGGGCAAGAGUUUAUCAAUGAAGUUGCCACCAUAGGAAGGAUUCACAAUUACAAUGUGGUACAACUAAUUGGCUUUUGCUUUGAAGGAUCAAAGCGUGCUCUUGUAUAUGAGUUCAUGCCUAAUGGAUCUCUCGAUAAAUACAUUUUCUCUGGAGAAGACAAUGAAUCCUUAAGUUGCAAAAGAAUGUUUGAAAUUUCACUUGGAGUUGCUCGUGGUAUUCAAUAUCUUCAUCGAGGAUGUGAAAUGCAAAUUUUGCAUUUUGAUAUUAAACCUCACAAUAUUCUUCUCGAUCAGAAUUUUGUUCCAAAAGUUUCAGAUUUCGGGCUCGCAAGACUAUGUCCAUUGGAGGAAAGCAUUGUGUCCUUAACUGCAGCAAGAGGAACUAUUGGAUACAUAGCACCAGAAUUGUUUUACAAAAACAUUGGAGGAGUUUCUUACAAAGCAGAUGUUUAUAGCUUUGGAAUGUUGCUUAUGGAAAUGGCAAGUAGAAGGAAGAAUUUAAAUGCAGUUGCAGAGCGUUUGAGCCAAAUUUACUUUCCUUCCUGGGUAUAUGAUCAAUUUAAUGAAGGAAAUAACAUAGAAAUAUUGAAAGAUGCUACAGAAGAGGAAUCAAAAAUUAUAAAGAAGAUGGUGAUAGUAGCACUAUAUUGCAUACAGUUGAUACCGAGUGGUCGCCCAUCAAUGGACAAGAUCGUAGAGAUGCUUGAAGGAGAAGUUGAAUGCUUAGAAAUGCCUCCAAAGCCAUUCCUGUAUCCACCAGAUAAGUCCACGGAGGAUGUCCAAGAAACAGCAUCAGACGGUGACUCUUCAGAGAUCAGUUUGAUUCCGAAUGCAAAUUAAUUCAGAGAUGUGAAUGACACUAGUUGGUUUGGAUUUAAUUUCCAAGGGAGAGCUAAUAUAUUGUCCAUUAGGGGCAGUGUGCCUUGUCUCCAUGUAUAAUAUAUGGAUCAAACCUGAUUGUAAUUUUUUAAUUUCAAUACAAUGAAAUAAUUAUUGUGUCCA